CACUGAUCUGUGCUCGUCAAUAAGAUUUCUCCUUAAUUUUUUCCGCUUGGAUAAACUGGAAUGUACCGAAAUCACACUAAAGACACCAACAACAACUGCAACAAAAACCUCCUGAAUGAUCACAAGGAAAAGCUUAUCCAGGCUAUUAAAAGAAUCAAGCACGAGGUAGAUGUGUGCAGAGAAGCAGAAAGAGAGACGUUCAUAGAGUCAUUGGAUGUAGAGAACAGUUUUGAUGCCCUGGAACGAGAAAUCAGAGCUGAGUUUCAGAACCUGCAUCGUUUCCUGGAUGAGGAGGAGUAUAAUGACCUGGAACGAAUGAGGAGGGAGAGACAGAAACAAGUGAAGCAGCUGAAGGAGAGAGAGAAGAAGAUAGCAGCGCAAGGGAGAGACCUGGAGAGAGCAAUCGCGGUGCUCAACAGCAAACUGACCGAGGACGACAGCCCGAAACUGCUCAGAGAAAUUCAAGAUCUCACUAAAAGGUCUCAGGUCCGCUUUGUUCCUCCAGCGGAGGUGGACACUGAGGUGCGCUCUGGCCAGUUUGUAGGGCCCAUACAGUACAGGAUAUGGAAGCACAUGAAAAGCUGCCUUUACCCAAAUAUUACAUCAAUGACCUUUGACCCUGAGACAGCCCACCCUAAUCUGUCCAUGUCCCAGUCUUGCACCUCAGUAUGGUUUGAUGAGGAUAAAGACACCAGUGAUUGCCAACCAAAUCCACAGCGGUUCCAUUAUUAUUACUGUGUGCUCGGCCAUCAGAGCUUCACCACAGGCCGACACUACUGGGAGGUGGAGGUGGGACAUAAGACAGCAUGGAGGUUGGGUGUGGCACGAGCAGAUGUCCAAAGAGGGGAGAUGGAUGCUACUGGCACUUCCAGUGGCCUCUGGACGCUGGCCCUGAAGGGUGGAUCUGUCUUCGCCUGCACCGACCCGAAGCCCACCAAGGUCACCGUAUCUGUACAUCUUGUCCGAAUCGGUGUGUUUUUAGACUGCGAAAAGGAGGAGGUAUCUUUCUACAAUGCUGUUACCAUGGCACCACUCUACACCUUCACUAUGGAAACGGUUGAGGUUCCUCUGUUCCCCUUCUAUAAUCCGUGUGACACAGAUGAGGGGAGGAACACAGCAGCACUAAAGAUCUUUAAACCUUCACUAUGAUUAGAUGCCACAGUCCAAUUGUAUGUACUAUUAGUUGAGUUAUUCUUACAUUUAGAGCUGACACUCUUAGAAAUAAAGGUACUAACUAGAACUCUAUGUAGUUCUUUGGUUUGUCCCUAUAGGAGAACCCUUUUUGGCUCCUGUUAAAACCUUAUAUAAAGGUUCCAUCUGGAACCCCUUAAAAAGGUUUUACCUGAAACCCAACAUAAGGGGUUAUUAUAGACUGUAUAGGGAGAUGGACAACAUGUCUCCAUUUACUCCCACUGUACAAAAAUGAAGCCAAAAUAUCCCGGAUAUGUCCACUGCCAUCACUGGUUACAUCAUUUGGAGCCAGAGUCUGUGCUGUUGCAAUCUCCUAUCGAGUUCCUGCCCAUACACCCGUCCAACCAGUCAAAAGCGGCUCCACUGAUCUCGAGCACACCGACUGGCACACAUAGCUGUCAUUCAUAACGUCCAUCCCCCUUUUUUUAUAACAUCAAAUAGUUAAUUAAAACCAAACUGAUCAGAAGAACAAACACUUGAGCAUACAUAAGUGUGAUAAGAGCUACCUAAAAUGACAGACACCAUCUUUGGGAAAAAUUCAUUUGACAUGUACUUGACAUGGGGUGGGGUUUAUGGCCUAUGCUGCAGCCAGCCACCAGGGGGCAAACAAGACGUUUUGGCUUCACUUUUGGGAAGAUGUCAUGUCGUCCAUUUUUAUAUAUGCUCUAUAGGUUAUAAGACCAUCCAGCUCCCUAUGAGAGGUUCUACUGAGAAGCCUUCUACUGCAUAAUGUUCCACCAAAAACCCUCUCUUGGGGUUUAUACAGGACCUUUCCAUUUCCCAACACUAUUAGCAAAAACACUAUUCUAGUCCAAGGGUUUCAUCUAGAUCCCACCCAGUGAGGCUCUAAAAACAAUUAACUAGAUCACCCAUAGAUCUUUAUCCCAUUAAACAUAGUUUUAGUUUAACAAAUGAGACCAAGGGAAACAACUUGUACAAUCCACAACAAUCAUGGUUCACAAUCAUGUUUUAGGGGGUGGAGAUGCCUUAAAAUCACUACUGCUACAGCCUUUGCUAUUUCAAAUGGUAUGGUAGGGUUGGAAACCCAAACUCAGUUCAAAGUUAGAACCAAAUCCAAAAUGCCAGGUAUCAAGUACCUGUAAAAAUAAAUAAAUAAAUAAAUGCUAAAAAAAUUUUUUAGCAGACCAUGUGGUAUUGCAUGACAUGAACUGAUGGUGAAUAUAUCAACUAUGGCAGAACACAGUAAAAUAAAUCGAUUAAGAGGGACUCCAAAUAUGUCUAUAUCUAAAAAUGAAAUUUGAAUAAUGAGUAAAUAUUUAAUUUUCAUUGUACGUUUUAACACUGUCGUGGACCAAGCAGUCAAAGCACAAAAAACACAGGUUUAAAGUUAAAAAAGGUGGAUUUAUUUCCCCCCCAAAAAAUAAAUGUUGCAAAGGAAAUGACCAAAGAUAACAGAAUUUGAGUUAUAGGGCCUUUAAAAGAGGUCAACAAAACAUAACUCUACUGAAAAUAAGGCUCACAUAACUAGACAUUAACUUAACGAACAGAGCUCACCGAAUGAAACAAUGGGGCAACAUAUACACUGGCUGAUCAGACCAAAUUAAACACAAAGGGGAGAACUUACAUACACAACAACUAAGACUAACAUAAAGAAACCCCUAACCCCCCCCAUGAUGUCACAGCCCUAUUUUUGCCCAACUCCAACCAUGAAGUGACCUCAGGUAACUCAAAAACAAAGGGAAAUGAAUUAAUAACUAACAAAAUCAAAUAGCAAAAUGGCAAAACAAUGUAAACUAAA